AUGGCUUUAGACGGCUUCCAAAAUUGGUAUUCUUUUAUCGUCCCUUUUAGCGUUAGCGAAUCAUUACUAAAUAGCCGUUAUCAAUUAUUACUUCAUUUCGGUAGCGUUUUGAUAAACGAUACCCUAUAUCUUAAUCACGGUCUAAAGGUUAAAUAUGACAACGAAGCACAUAAAUCUCCUCAGGCCAUGACACUAAGAACAUGUAUACUGGGCAAACGAGUUAAAAUCGGAACUUUAAUUACUGUAAAACUCGGAAAAUUAAUAAUAGGUGCUUAUUUACUAGUUAUUUGA